CACCGAACUCUCUAUCAACAACACAAUUCCAUACGCCAACGCUUAUUCUUGAUUACUUAAAAAGAAAACCCUGUAAAUUCUCUAUCAAAUCGCCGACGUCGAUCUUUUGACCGCCGGCACUUCACGCUUUUUCUGCGGAUUGAAUUAUAUAGGUGAAAUUGCCAGGGAGAAAUUUAUGAGGUACCUAUUGACCCUAUCUUGUCUGAAUAAGAUAUGUAUGGGAAAGCUGGAUAGGCUAUGGGAUUGGGAGGUUGGCAAAAAAGGUAGCUUGUAGCAAAAGGUGAAGUAAAGUUAUCUGUCAAAAAGGAUGAGGCAUCGACACUUGUCCAACUCAUUUACAAGAUUUGGAGUUGACCAACAGGAUAACAACCAUACCCAUGCGCCAGUGGUGGAACACUCUUACUUUCCUACAGCAGGAAGGGCAGAAAACGGUCCUUUUGUUGGUCAGAAUCAGAUGAAUCAUAUGUCAAGAGGUCACAGAAAUUUGGAAGGAGGCAGCAGCAGGGCAAACGAAUAUCCUCCUCCUCCUCCUCCACCUCCUCCUCCUUCAUCAAACCUUAGCAUGGAAGUACAGCCGCCCUUUGUGCCACCUUUUCCGCAUCCAUCAAUCACUGGUGGACACCCCACUCAUUAUACUAAUUAUAAUCAUCUUCCAAACUCACAUGAUAUGGAAUCUGGUCCGUUGAUCCACCACCACCACCAUCCAACACUCAAUGGAGGAGGAGGAGGAGGAGGGCCUCUCAAAAGAAAAAGGGGCAAUCUCACAAUCGAUGGUCAAGAUUCAUCUAGGAGCGUGAGACGUAGAUAUAGACAUGAUGACAUGGAAUCAGAACCAUCUAGAAGCCAUGUCUCAAACCAUUUUUAUCAGUCAGCACCAGUACCAGUACCACCACCACCACCUCCUCCAAAUUACUCCUCAGCCGCCCCCCAUGUUCCUCAUUAUCCUGCUCCCUCCCACAUACGAGACAUGAGACAUGAGAUGAAUCAGUUUCAUGUUGGAGGAAGCUCUGGUGAUCCAGUUUUCAGCAGCAGCAGCAGACAAAAUCUUCAUGUUCAUGCCAACAACCAUUCUCGCAGAAUUCACUCUUCAUAUAGUAGUGCUUCCAGGUACUCCCACUCCCACUCCCACUAUGGACAUGCAUCAUCUUCAACAAAUGGGAAUGGGCUGCGGGCUCCACCAGACAAUUUCUCUCCUAGAAACUCAAGGCAUUGGUCUCCGAAUGGGUGGAGGGGUAAUUACAGCCACAGGAGUGGAAGGCCAAGGAUAACAGUUGAGAGAUUCCAUUCCGUUGUUGAUGUAACUGUAACGGAAUCCCAUGAUAGAAUUGGACAUGAGACCUUGAUGAUGGUGGAUCGGGGGGCAUCCUUGUAUGGCAAUUCCAGGAAUUUCUCGGAUCAGUAUAGAGAUUUGAGGCUAGACAUCGACAACAUGAGCUAUGAGGAACUGCUUAAUCUCGAGGAAAGGAUAGGGAGUGUUAACACAGGCUUGUCUGAGGACAGCAUGUCCAAGUGUUUAAGGGAAAAACUUUACUAUUCUUCUUCAGACAAAAACCAAAACCAAAACCAAAACCAUGAGGAGGUUUCUUGUCCCAUCUGUCUUGAAGAGUAUAAAAAUGGUGAUGCAAUUGGAAUGAUGGAAAGAUGUGGACAUGGUUAUCAUGUGGAUUGUAUCAAGAAGUGGCUGUUGAUGAAGAAGUUAUGCCCCAUCUGCAAAACCGAAUGCUCAAAUCAGUAGUCACCCACCCACCCCUUUUGCUUUGCUUUCUCAUUCUGUAAAUAGAUGCCACAUCAUAUGCAUUCACUUGUACAGCAUGUCAUGUAAUUUCCUUAGCUUAAUUUUAGUUCUAUUGCUACUGCUUUGCUGUUGUUUUUAUUAGUUAGUGCACCAGAAAACAAAGCGUUUUACUGGUUUUCAUAUAUUAUUAGGUGUGUAAAGCAUGUAAGGAUUUGUUCUUUGUGUUGUGUGGUGCAAGAAACAUAUAUUUCAUCAACAUCCUGAUUCUUGCUUCAUGAUUGCGUACAUAUAUAUACUAUUUAAAAGGUC